AUGGCUUCUCUAUCGGAAGACGAUUGCAAGAUUAUUAACAACCAUCCCUUGAACAAUUCUCUCGACCAGUUACGAAGGUCACUUCUGGACGCGGAGCAUUUGUAUUCCUCUGUCAGUUCUCUUGACAGCACUGACGACAGACCUGAACACCUUUGCCAGAAGGCAGUAUCACGACUGCUCUCUGCCCUGCAGGGAGAAGAAGUAGCCUUCAAUCUUCGGUUGAGGAACAGUGGUCGUGACAUCGCGUCGGAAAUAGGGCUAAAGCUCAUCAUCCAAAAGGCAUCCGACUAUGACAUCUGGAGCGCCGUUCUCAAUCUCAUUACUGAACUCUCAAGAAUGACCCCAACCGCACCAGGCGUCCCUCCCACAUUUGACAGCACGCAGAUCGCGCAUACCUCUGCAUCACAGCAAGACAGUGAACAGACUCGACAGCUGGUCGAGGCAAGAGUCUUUGAAGAGAUCCGGGGCUGCACAUAUCAGGACAACUGGACGGAUCGUGCUCAGGAUGUCUACAAGUCAAUCAAGAACCAACACAUCAGCGGCAAAUGGACCAAACUUCUUCAGUCUACCCAGGACAACGUACAGAACUGGCUGUUUCAACUGCAGGAUGAACUGCUCUUGAAGGAGCAACGUCGCUACUACACGAUAAACAUACCAAAAGAACUUACCGGCGGCGAGGCCCGGCAGCAGGUCAAUCUAAUUGUCAAACGAAAGAGCGGAAAACCAUCAGAUACAGACCACGACUGGGGAGACAUCGAGGUGAUUGGCGAACUCAAGGCAUCUAACAAUGAUGGUGUCAAAAGGACGUUGGUGCAGCUCGCCCGAUAUGCGCGAGAUGUGCUUACCUGUCAGCCGACACGGCAGUACCUUCACGCAUUUACCAUCUGCGGGCCGUUCAUGACAGCAUGGGUCUUUGACCGUUCAGGAUGCUACAGCCCGGGUCCGUUCAAUAUCCAUGAGCAGCCAGAACGAUUCAUACAGGUGAUCGCUGGUUAUACAAUGAUGAAUGAGGAGGAUCUAGGUCUGGACACGUUUACAGAGCGGGACGGCAACCAUCGCUUCAUAUAUGUUGCGCAGGAGGGGACCGAGAUGAAGCUGCAGAUGAAACCACAGCCUCUCACCCGUCAACGGGCGAUUGUCUGCCGCGGAACAUCCUGCUAUCUCACAAAAGUCCCAUACUCUGAGGACUGGGAUCACAUCACCAAGUUUUCCUGGACCUCUGACAGACGGAAGCCUGAAGCGGAUCUCCUCAGAUUAGCCAACCAAAGAGAAGUCAAAGGCAUUGCCAGACUGGUCGGCCAUCAGUCUAUCACCAGUAUCAAGGAGAUGCGCUCAGGCAUGACAUUCAUAAAGCCGUACUCCUUCCAUGUUACACCCAGCGCCGUGUCGUCCUUCUCACAGUCCUUUUCUCAGCCACACAGUGUCCUCUCCGGAUCAUUCAGCAAGCACCAUGGCCUAACCAUCAUAGAGAGUUCCGCUGAGCAUCUGAAGAAGCGCAAGUCUGUCCAUGCUGGCCCGAAAUCAAAGCGAUCCAAGUCCAACAGCCAGCAAUCGAGCGCGCCACAGAAUGAGGUUACAUAUGAUGUCAAAGAAGCCCAAGGGGCCAGUCUGCUCGCUCCCAGCGACAGUGCAUACGAUAACCGCAUUUUUCGCUGUCUCGUCAUAUUCCCGGCUGGCCGGCCAAUCCAUAACUACAAGUCGCCUCUGGAACUCUUGGAAGCGCUUCGUGAUGCAGUCAAGGCACAUAGAUCACUAUACUCCAAAGGAAACAUCCUCCACCGGGAUAUCUCUGAGAACAACAUCAUCAUAACCGAUUCCAAGAAGACUGGCUUCGCGGGGAUGCUGAUUGACAUGGACCUUGCCAAGGAGCUCGGCACCGGGCGAAGCGGCGCGCGCUAUCGCACUGGCACCAUGGAGUUCAUGGCUAUUGAGGUGCUGCUCAACAUCGAUCAUACAUAUCGGCAUGAUCUCGAAUCAUUCUUCUAUGUACUUAUCUGGCAGUGCGCCCUUCGUGGCUGGGGUAAGGAGUGGCCGAAAAGGAGUCUUUUAACAAAUUGGUAUACUAAUAGCUAUCGAGGCAUUGCUACUGCAAAACUAGGUGUGGUCGGUGCCAAUGGUUUUGAGCUCAUUUUGGAGGAGUUUCCGCCCAAGUUUGAUAGUAUCAAGCCGCUUUGCAGAGAGUUGCGGGGAAUUUUAUUUCCCGUGCGCGAAAGCGACAUCUUUACAGGUACACCAAAGGAUCCAGAGAUUCUCUAUGGGCCGAUCAUCAAGGCUUUUGACAAGGCUAUUGACAAUAUCAAAGUGGGAUAGGCUACUGUGGCUUGUUUUGUAUGUACUUGCCUAGUUUUUAGAUACGCCGCGUACUUUGUUCCAUUAGUUAGUU